GUGAGCUGUGAUUGGUCACAGCUUGUCACAUGGUAAAAGGUGUUUUGAAUAGUCUUGUACCAUGUGACCUCUGUGAUCAUUCACAGAUUUCACACGUAGUAAGCAAUGAUGUCAGAAAUGACAUCUUUCUUACUACUAUUCAUGUGAUCACUGAUUGGCCAAUCAGUGAUCACAUGAUCGGGACCUCGCACAGAGGUCCCGUACGAUGAUUGGUGUUCCACUGUGCCCGGAGGACACAGCGGGCACCGGAUCGUGGUGCUGCACGUUCCCAGGGAGUGCGCACACUCCAAAAUGGCGGGCGCCGUUUAUGA